AUGAGCGGAGGUGUCUACGGGGGAGAUGAAGUUGGAGCGCUCGUUUUUGACAUAGGUUCCUUCUCAGUCCGAGCAGGGUAUGCUGGGGAGGACUGCCCCAAGGCUGAUUUCCCCACUACAGUAGGGUUGCUGACCUUGGAGGAGGGGGGUGGGCUAGAGCUGGAUGGAGAGAAGGAGAAGAAGGGGAAAACAUUCCACAUCGACACCAAUGCCCUGCAUGUGCCACGGGAUGGGGCUGAGGUCAUGUCACCCCUCAAGAAUGGCAUGAUUGAGGACUGGGAGUGUUUCCGGGCCAUUCUGGAUCACACUUACAGCAAACAUGUCAAAUCGGAGCCAAAUCUGCACCCUGUGCUCAUGUCUGAGGCCCCGUGGAACACCCGAGCCAAAAGGGAAAAACUCACAGAGCUAAUGUUCGAACAGUACAACAUUCCUGCCUUCUUCCUGUGCAAGACAGCAGUUCUCACCGCCUUUGCAAAUGGGCGCUCAACAGGUCUGGUGCUGGACAGUGGGGCCACCCACACCACAGCCAUCCCUGUGCAUGAUGGCUAUGUUCUGCAGCAAGGCAUCGUGAAGUCACCCCUGGCAGGGGACUUCAUCUCUAUGCAGUGCCGAGAGCUGUUUCAGGAAAUGGCCAUCGACAUCAUUCCGCCUUACAUGAUUGCAGCAAAGGAGCCGGUCCGGGAAGGAGCUCCUCCAAACUGGAAAAAGAAGGAGAAGCUACCCCAAGUGUCCAAGUCUUGGCACAAUUACAUGUGCAAUGAGGUGAUCCAGGAUUUCCAAGCUUCUGUGCUGCAGGUCUCUGACUCUCCCUAUGAUGAGCAGGUGGCUGCACAGAUGCCCACGGUGCACUAUGAGAUGCCUAAUGGGUACAACACAGAUUAUGGGGCUGAGAGGCUCCGCAUUCCUGAGGGGCUGUUUGAUCCCUCCAAUGUCAAGGGUCUGUCAGGUAAUACCAUGCUGGGAGUUGGCCAUGUAGUGACUACCAGCAUUGGGAUGUGUGACAUAGACAUUCGACCAGGUCUCUACGGCAGUGUCAUUGUCACUGGAGGGAACACACUCUUGCAAGGCUUUACUGACCGACUCAACAGAGAACUCUCCCAGAAAACACCCCCGAGCAUGCGACUGAAACUCAUUGCCAGCAACAGCACCAUGGAACGGAAGUUUAGCCCCUGGAUUGGGGGCUCCAUCUUGGCCUCCCUGGGCACCUUCCAGCAGAUGUGGAUCUCCAAACAGGAGUAUGAGGAGGGAGGGAAGCAGUGUGUGGAACGCAAGUGCCCUUGA